CUGUUUAUCUCGCUUUUAUUUCUCUUCCUGAGAUCUCGGAAAGAAAUCACGGCACAAUGACCGGAGAUCACGGACACCACCAGGUGGAGUCUGGCUCUCGACUAAAUGAUUCCCACAAACAUAAAGACAAGCAUAAAGACAAAGAGCACAGGCACAAAGACCACAAGAAAGACAAAGAGCGUGAAAAGUCCAAGUACACUAACAGUGAGUACAGAGACUCGUCUGAGAAGAAGCACAAGGACCGCGAGAAAGAGCGAGUGAAACAUCGGGAGGACAGCAGCGAGAGACACAAAGAAAAGAAGAGAGAAGAGAAGCUUAAAUCUCACAGCUCUAACGGGAAGCAUAAGAGGGAGAAGGAGAACGGCUAUGUCAGUCACAUCAAAACGGAGGAGGACAACGGCUACUGCUACACUCUAAAGCAAGAGAAGACGGUGAAGAGAGAGAGGGAUGACGACGAGCCCGAGUACAGACCCAAAAAGAUCAAAGUGGAAAAGGAGCAUAAGGUGAAAAAACGGAAGCAGGAGGAAGACUAUGAUGACUACGAAGAGGAAGAGGCGUUAAAGCCGAAAAAGAAAUCGAAAGAGAAGAAAGAGGAUGCGGCUGGAGGGAAGAAGAAGGGCAAGAAGGAGCCGGAAGAGAAAUGGAAAUGGUGGGAAGAAGAGCGAUACACAGACGGCUCAAAAUGGCGGUUCCUCGAGCAUAAAGGUCCCGUGUUCGCGCCUCCGUAUGAGCGACUUCCGGAAAACGUCAGGUUUUAUUAUGAUGGAAAGCCCAUGAAGCUGAGCGAGCAGGCGGAGGAAGUGGCGACGUUCUUCGCCAAAAUGCUCGACCACGAAUACACGACCAAGGACAUAUUUAGGAAAAACUUCUUCAAAGACUGGAGGAAGGAAAUGACCUCGGAGGAGAAGUCCAAAAUCACCGAUCUGAACAAAUGCAACUUCACCGAGAUGAGCGAAUACUUCAAAGUGCAAUCGGAGAAUCGGAAACAGAUGACGAAGGAAGGGAAACAGAAAAUCAAAGAGGAGAACGAGCGGCUGGUGGGGGAGUACGGUUACUGCCUGAUGGACAACCACAAAGAGCGCAUCGGAAACUUCCGGAUCGAGCCUCCCGGUCUUUUCCGAGGUCGAGGAGACCACCCGAAGAUGGGUAUGCUGAAACGGCGCAUUCGCCCCGAAGACAUCAUCAUCAACUGCAGCAAGGACUCAAAGCACCCCAAACCUCCUCCAGGUUCCCGGUGGAAGGAGGUCCGUCACGAUAACAAGGUGACAUGGCUGGCGUCGUGGACUGAGAACAUCCAGGGCUCCAUUAAGUACAUCAUGCUGAACCCCAGCUCACGGAUCAAGGGAGAAAAGGACUGGCAGAAGUACGAGACGGCACGCAGGCUGAAGAAGUGUGUGGAGAAGAUCCGAGCGCAGUACCGCGAUGACUGGAAGAGCAAAGAGAUGCGAAUCCGACAGAGAGCCGUCGCUCUGUACUUCAUCGAUAAGCUGGCUCUGAGGGCAGGUAACGAGAAGGAGGAGGGCGAGAGUGCGGACACGGUGGGCUGCUGCUCUUUGCGGGUGGAGCACAUCAGCCUGCACCCUGAGAUGGAUGGUCAGGAGUUCGUGGUGGAGCUCGACUUCCUGGGAAAAGACUCCAUCCGCUACUACAACAAGAUCCCUGUGGAGAAGAGGGUCUUUAAAAACCUGCAGUUGUUCCUGGAGAACAAGCAGCCGGAGGACGACGUCUUCGACAGACUCAAUACGUCCAUUUUGAACAAACAUCUGCAGGAGCUGAUGGACGGAUUAACGGCCAAAGUGUUUCGUACCUACAACGCCUCCAUCACCUUACAGCAGCAACUCAACCAGCUCACUAACCCUGAAGAUAACGUUCCAGCGAAGAUCCUGUCCUAUAACCGAGCUAACCGUGCCGUGGCGAUCCUGUGUAACCACCAGAGGGCGCCACCCAAAACCUUUGAGAAGUCCAUGCAGAACCUGCAGGCCAAAAUCGAUGCGAAAAAGGAUCAGCUUUCUGCAGCCAAGAAAGAGCUGAAGUCGGCCAAAGCAGACGCCAAGGCCAUGCACGACGAGAAAAGCAAAAAGGCGGUGGAGACGAAGAAGAAGGCGGUCCAGAGGUUGUCUGAGCAGCUGAUGAAGCUGGAGGUGCAGGCCACCGACCGCGAGGAGAACAAACAGAUCGCCCUGGGAACUUCCAAGCUCAACUACCUGGACCCGCGCAUCUCCGUCGCCUGGUGUAAAAAGUGGGAAAUCCCCAUCGAAAAAAUCUACAACAAGACGCAGCGGGAGAAGUUCGCCUGGGCCAUCGACAUGGCGGACAAAGACUACGAGUUUUAAAACAAAACUAAACACGAAAACGAAGCGGAAACGUUCCCCCGUAAACAAUCUGUCUGCUGAAACGUUUAAACCGAGUCCUGAAACGUGGAACCCUGAGGAGAUCCUCCACCACCUCCACCUCCACCACCACCUCGCUCCGGUAGACACGCGUUAGGCUUCACACUCGCUUCUGGGGUUUUUCAGUGUCCUAGUCAGGUUUUAGCCGUGGGGUUUAUCGAUGAAUUCUAUAUUUUAAUAUAAGAAAUAAAUCAGAGUUGUUUUAAGAGGCACGUGGGAACCGAACUACGGAAAGCCAUUGUGGAAGACUCGAGACUCGGCGCGUGCGUGCGUGUGUGUGUGUGUGUGUGUGUGCGUGUGUGUGUGUUUAAACUGCAGCGAGAUGUAGAAAUGUUUGGAUCAUGUACCUGAAUACAUCACCAGUCCAGGGAUGCACCAAUCCAGUGUUUUUAUUUUCCUCGUCCCGUUCCCCCGUACUGAGCCGAUUUAUUUCCUUUUCUUUCUCUUUCUUUUUUUUUUAUCUUUUUCUUUUUUUUUUUUUUUUUUAAAAAAAAAACAGUAUAAACGCAAAAUAACAAGUUUAUUAAUAAUAUUUUUUUCUGUAUUGUGAGUCACUGAGCCAGAACAAUAACUCAAAGCGAGGGAUCUCCAAACACGUCGAAAAAAAAAAUAGGUCUUUUUAAGCAUUUCUAUAUUCUAUUCUAUCAAUUCUGUUCAUCUAAUAUAGAAGUAUUAAUGCUUAUAAAAUAUUUCCAUUUUUUUUUUUUUUUUUUUAAAGUGCUGAACAUUUUUACGGUGGGUUAAAAAUCCCUCGAGAACGUUACCGCUUUUUAAAUCUAACGAACGCCGUACUGUAAUGUAAUUAUCGAAUAUAUUUACCAUAAAUUAUACAGUCACGUGUUUAUUUUUAGUACGUUAUAAUCAAUCAAAUCGAUGAGGAAUUUUUUUUUAUUAUUAUUUCUUCCUUUUUUUUAAUUUUUUUUUUUAUUUGAAUGUAAAUUUUAAAAUGUAACAAAGCUUACUGAAGUUUUCUUUUAUUACGCAGAAAGCAUCUAAAUAAAACAUUUUAAAAACACUCGCGGGAGUGUUUCAGUGCUUCGGGCCUUUCUCGUCUUUUUAGCGAACCUUAACAGUUUUAUGUGUGGGUUGGUGGUUUUUUUUUGUUUUUUGGUUUUUUUUUUCCCCUCUCAUCCGUCGUCAGAAUCGUCUGGGUCGGAUCCGGGAAAAAUUUUUAUAUCUCAAUCCAUGAUAUCGGAUUGGUGCAUCCCUAUUCUUUAUAUAUAUAUACAUAUAUAAAAUAUACUUUUUGUUUUGUUUUGUUUAUAUCAGGGAUGUACAUUUUUAUUUCUGCGAAUAUGUGAAAGGGGCGACCUCCAUGUUAACGCUGACGUUGUAGUGAAUUUUACUUUGUCUUUCGUGUUUUUAUUUUUAUUUUUUCUCCCUCCUGUGCAGAAUGUUUUGGCUUUUUUUUUUUUUUUUUUUUCUUUUUUUUGUGUGUGUUUUUUUUUUUUUUUAAAGUUUUUUUUUCCUCAGCAGUACAGUUAUAACACUCUUACUUGAAACAUGGCUGGGUGAGACGUGUGUGAGGAUAUAUACACACGCACGCACACACACGCGCACACACACGAUCAUAAACAUGAAGAACUGGUUUCUCUAUAUACGUGAGAUGCAAUUUUUUUUUUUUUUGCCAAAUGAAUAGAGGCGUGAGAUGAAAUGGUGUACAUGUGGAAGAUUGGGAUCUUCUUUGUAAAGAAUUAGGAACAGAAGUGUCCGAAGUUAACUUUUUAAUGUGAGGCUCUGCACUUAUUUAUAGCUGUUAGAAAGUGUGCUAAAGCUAACUUCAACAUUUUUACCACAUUUAGCCUUAAGCAAUCAUGUUCUAUUAUUAUUAUUUUUAAUAUCCAUAUCGGUUGUUUUUGCAAAUAAUAAAUCAUGCCACUCUUUCUUAUUCUCUCCUUUUAUUUCACAUCCUCGCGUUCAUCCUGAUGUCUUGCUUUUGUGUAUUUUUUUUUUUGUUUGUUUGUUUGUUUGUUUGUUUGUUUUUGUUUUGUUUUCAGAAUUUAAAUAAACUUUGUAUUGCAAUAAUCUC